UUUGAUUUUAGAUAUGGGGAUUUUAAGAUUUUGAAGAACAAAUUCUCGAGUUUUAUUUUGUUAUGGAAAUUUUAAAUAAAUGAUUGCAAAAAUGCAAUUUUUUGCUAUUUUCCGCAAUUUUCAGGGGUUUUUUUGCAAUUUACUUAAAUUUUAAAAGGCUUAUGGUUGAAUAAAAUUCAGAUUUGGAUUCAGCGGACCAAAAUACAUAAGAAUCAUACUUGGUCUAUAGUUCCAUAAAUUUUUUCUUACCAAAACUGCUAAUUUUUGGCGAUUUUUAUGGUUUUUUGCAAUUUACUUAAAAUUUUGAGGGUUUACAGGCAAAACUGACUUCAGAUUCGGAUUCAGCGCGUCGAAAUACAUAAAGAUAGUUCAAAUGUCCCUCGGAUCUUUUGGAUAUUCGCGACGUCAGCAACAUAAUUGGCCAAGAGAAUUUAAAGAUUGCGGGGGUAAAUUUCAAUCACCAAUUGAAUUAUCGCCAUCGAAAUCAAUUAUUUUGCCAUUACCAUCAUUAGAAUUACUGGGUUAUCAUAAUUAUCUGCCACGUUUGACAAUAAAAAAUAACGGGCAUUCUGUGGCAUUGAAUGUUGACAAUAACAAUUUAAAAUUGAACAGAAAACUGCCUUAUAUUUUUGGUGCAACGUUAGAGGAUAAUGAAGGAUACGAAUUUAGUGGUUUGCAUUUUCAUUGGGGAUUAAAAAAUUACCGGGGAUCUGAACAUGUUGUCAAUGGUAUCAGGUAUCCCAUGGAAAUGCAUAUAAUUCACAAAAAUAAAUUGUAUCUCGAUAUCAAAGAAGCUCAGGAACACAAAAAUGGUCUAGUUGUCCUCGGAAUAUUUUUCCAGCUGCAAGAUGAGGACAAUAAUAAUUUGAACCCAAUAUUAAAAAAUUUUCAAUCAUUAAAAUGGAUCGACAGUGAUCUCAAAAUGAAUUUAUCAAUAACUUUGAAGUCAUUACUACCCUCUGAUAUUGACACUUACUAUACAUACAGAGGGUCACUUACAACUCCACCAUGCAGUGAAGCUGUCACGUGGAUUAUUUUCACCAACCCCAUCCCCAUUUCUUUUAGGCAAUUAAAUAAAUUUAGGUUCCUAUCCAAUGGUGAAGAUAGUCUUGGUGAUAAUUUUAGAAAAUUACAAGAUUUGGGUAAACGAAAACUUUAUUUAAGAAAAUUAAAUGAUGACUUUGCUAAAAAAUAUGACUCUGGUAAUUUUAAUAUCAGUGACUUAGAGUGGAUUUAUGAAUGAAUAAAAAAAAAAAAAGUUGAACUAAAAAACCGGGAAGUGGAUAUGAUCCUGAAGUUAGAAGUGAUUCUGAAGAUAGCGGACAAUUAAAAAUUUUUGAGAUUUUUUUUCAACCAAUUAAUUAUAAAAAAAAAAAAAAAUCAAAAAAUAUGCAUGUGUAGAAAAUUCAAAAAACUGUAGGUGAAAUUUUUUAAAGUUUUUUUUUUUUGGAAUUUAUUGUUUUUAAAAAAAUCCAAGAAUUAUUUGACGUUUGCUAAAUUCAGUAUCAUACUUAGAAGACAAUCAACAAUUUUUGGAUUUUCUUUUUCUACAAAUUAAUGACAAAAAAAAAAAAAACUAAAAAUAUGCACAUGUAGAAAAAUGAAAAAGCAAUAGGUGCAAUUUUUCGAAAUAUUUUUUUUUUUUAUAAUAUAUCGUUUCUAAAAAAAUUAAAAAAUUAUCAGACGUCGGCUAACUUAAGUGAAUCGUUUAUUUGAGAAACCCCAUAAGUCGUGUUUUUUACGAAAUUGGGUUUUUUGCAUUUUUUGAUUCUUUGGAUGUCCCUCCAUAGAAAUCAAUCAAAAUAUGCAUCAAAUCAGCGUUUAAAAAAAAGUGAACGAGGUGAAAGCAAUUUCAUUUAAUUGAGAAACCCCAUAAGUCAAUGACUCAAAUAAACAUAUGCAGUUUUAGUUUUACAGAAAUCAUUUUUUUUUUUUUUUAUUUAAAAUUCGCGCUUUUUUGGGAAUUUAAUUUCAAAUGUUGUUUUAUUGUUGACUGUUAUAUGACUAAUUAAAAUGUUUAAAUUAAUUAUAAUUUUUUGUAAUUUCUGAGUUUCAGAGUUCAAAUACAUAUUUAAUACUUCAUUUUAUCAGUGAUAAUAAAUGAUUUGAGUAGAAACAUUUAAAAAAACAAUGAUUUUAUAACUUUUUUUUUCCGUUUGGUUGAGAAACCCCAUAAGUCAAUCAACUUUAAAUAAUUUUUUAAGUAGUUUCAGUUAAAAAAUUAAUUUUUUUUUGUUGGAAUAUUUUUCAGAGACGCUAACAUUGUUGUAUUCAAUUAUUUAUUUAUUAUUUUAAUGUCAAGUUUUUCCAAAAAAAUGUUUUUUGUGUUUCCUGAAAAAUUUUGUUUUCUUGACUUAUGGGGUUUCUCAAAUAAAGGAUUCAAUUAUCAUAAAGCGGAUUCAAACUGUGGACUCAAGGUUUAUAAUAAACGCGUUAGGGUAGGAAAUUUUAGGUUCUGAAUUAAACGUAAUACAUAACUAUUUAAAUCGUUUAUUAAUAAGUAAACAAUGUAAUUAUAAUAAUUUGUUAAUUUUUUUUGUAGACAAUAAUAAUAAUAA